AUGCUGAAGGUCACAUGUGCCAAUUUAACAAAUGGUGGAAAGUCAGAACUUCUGAAAUCGGGAAGCAGCAAGUCCACACUAAAGCACAUAUGGACAGAAAGCAGCAAAGACUUGUCUAUCAGCCGCCUCCUGUCACAGACUUUUCGUGGCAAAGAAAACGAUACAGAUUUAGACCUGCGCUAUGACACCCCAGAACCUUAUUCUGAGCAAGACCUCUGGGACUGGCUGAGGAACUCCACGGACCUUCAAGAGCCUCGGCCCAGGGCCAAGCGAAGGCCCAUUGUUAAGACGGGCAAGUUUAAGAAAAUGUUUGGAUGGGGUGAUUUUCAUUCCAACAUCAAAACAGUGAAGCUAAACCUGUUGAUAACUGGAAAAAUUGUAGAUCACGGCAAUGGGACAUUUAGUGUUUACUUCAGGCAUAAUUCCACGGGUCAAGGGAAUGUAUCUGUCAGCUUGGUGCCCCCGACGAAAAUAGUGGAAUUCGACUUGGCACAACAAACCGUGAUUGAUGCCAAGGAUUCCAAGUCCUUUAACUGUCGCAUUGAAUAUGAAAAGGUUGACAAGGCCACCAAGAACACACUCUGCAACUAUGACCCUUCAAAAACCUGUUACCAGGAGCAGACCCAAAGUCAUGUAUCCUGGCUCUGCUCCAAGCCCUUCAAGGUGAUCUGUAUUUACAUUUCCUUUUAUAGCACAGACUAUAAACUAGUACAGAAAGUGUGCCCCGACUACAACUAUCACAGCGACACACCUUACUUCCCUUCGGGAUGA